CAAUAUUUUUGUUUGCUUUUUAUUUAAAUCUUGCCUAUAUAUGUUAGAUAGGCCGUUGCCUGCAACUCUUUACCGGCGUCGUUAAAAAUUUCUAAAUCCCUGUUCUAGCGACUUUGAUCUUUUGGGGCAGAGAAAAUACUCUAGAUAGAUAUUUGCAAUUAUCGGAAUAAGUUUUGGUAAUACUUUACUUUUUCUAAGUAAUAGGUGGAAAGAAGAGGACUUAGGAUUUAUACAUUCCUACGAAUCUUCGUUUGGGUGUGGAGUGCAAGUCUUUUGUUUACUAAAGGAAAAUUUAAGAGAACUUUUGCUGCAGAGCCUUGUCAACAUGGCUGGUGGCAACGGGCCACGCGUGAUACAAAUCACGAAUAUUGCCCCGCAGGCUACAAAAGACCAGAUGCAAGCCUUGUUUGGUAAUAUUGGAAAAAUAGAGGAAAUACGUCUAUACCCUACUGUCCGCGAUGUAUCUUGUCCUGUUCAAUCUCGCAUAUGCUACGUUAAGUACAUGGAGAGUAGCUGCGUUGCGGUGGCUCAGCAUCUAACAAACACGGUUUUUAUAGACCGUGCGUUGAUUGUAAUACCAGUUUUGGCCAUUCCCGAGGAGUACAGAGCCUUGGAAAUGUCAAAAAAUGGUACAAUUGUCCCAGGCUUACAAAAACCCGAUUCUAAACUUCCGCCCGAGGUAAUAAAUCGUAUUGAGGGGCAAUCACCACAGCAAGUUAUUAAGACAUAUGACCCAAAGCUAAUGGAGAAUAAUCUCCCGGAGUAUCCAGCUUUGCCAUCAUUUUAUGACUCGCGCAAGAUAGAGGAAAUUCGCAGGACAAUAACUGUAUGCGACGUCAAGAAUGAAUGGCGCUUAGACGAUCUAAUGGAUUGUUUCCAAAGAGCAGGAGAAGUGAAAUAUGCACGCUGGGCAGAGAAGGAUAAUAAAACGUAUUGCAUGAUUGAGUUUUGUGAACAGCCGAGUGUUAUUAACGCUUUGAAAAUGCAUGGGCACGAGUUUAAAGGGGGCUUUUUAAGCGUAUACCACUCGACGGAUGCCAUUAUUAAGCCUGAAGCAAAAUCCAACGAAGCAGCUCAAAAAGAAAUCGAAGAAGCUAUGACAAUUGUAAAGGAAGCUCAGAAUAUGAUAUCCGCUGCAAUUGAUCCAGUAAUUGGUAUGUUGGCUAAAGAUAAAAGGCGUCGUUCUCGUUCACGCUCGCGUUCCAGAGAUCGUCGCACAAGUCGUUCCCGUUCCCAUCGCUCACGGUCACGAAAGCGGUCGCGUUCUCGCACGCGUAGGCGUUCACGCAGUAAAUCUAAACGUAGGUCCCGUUCACGUUCUCGGCGAUCUCGGUCUCGUAAAAGAUCUAGAUCUCAUAAACGUUCAAGAUCACGACGCAAAAGCCGUUCGCGUUCCCGAUCCAAGCGUUCAAGGUCUAGAGAUCGUCGGAGUAAAAGGUCACGUUCUCGACAUCGUCGAAGCUCCUCUCGUUCUCGGCGAUCCCGCUCGCGCACAAAACGUUCUCGCUCUCGUGAUCGCAAGCGUUCUCACCGCACACGCGAAGAGAAAAGAACGUCCCGUUCUUCACGUUCACAUAGUAAGCGCUGUUCAAUUUCUCCUUCGCCAGCUUCCGUUCGUUCGCGCUCUAGCCGCGGCAAAGAUAUUGUACCACCUAAUUCUAAAUCGUCUAAUAACAAUUCAUCCUCCUCAAAGCGUCGAUCACGUACACCAGUUGAUCGUAAAUUAAAACCUAUUAUUGAAGAUACGGACGUCAAAAACACUAGACCGAGUGCCGAUACAAAAUUUCGAAAAUCAGUCAGCGUUGAAAAAUCGGACAACAUGGAUAUAUCUAAUUCCCCAUGAAAUAAAUUUAAAUACACUUUCAUACAUAUAAAAUAUUUUAAUGUCUAUUCAAUACAAAAAAACUUAAAUAUCUACUCUUCACUUCGUAAUGCAGAUAAAAAAUGUUAUUUUUAAGAUUAUAUAAGUUUCCUUCAUGAGGAGUAAGCAUUUACUUUUUUUUAUCUUGAUUAAAGAUAGUUUGCAUUAAUUUGAUCUAGGCGACAAGAAAUAAACAGUACUUUCCCCCUUUCAA